GUGCGGGAAGAGUCCGAAUCAAGUACCCAAAGCCCUUGGAAUCAAACAGAAACUUGUUGAUCGAAAUUCUCAAACGGAACGUCGAGUAAUUUAACAGUACAUAUUCGUAUACGUUAGUAUUUAAUAAAAGAAACGCAGGGAACGAUGAAUUAAGUGGGAAUUUGAAUAUCAAUGAAGUGCAGAUCGGUGGCGUGCAUUUGGUCAGGCACGCCCUUCCCUCACAAUAUCACCGCCGUCGCCGCCUUCACCGGACCACCGACACCAACAUUUUACACCGCCGGAUCCGAUGGCUCCAUCAUCUGGUGGACCCUUUCCCCUUCCAAUUCCACCUCCACACCGCAUGUUAAUGCAGUGGGCGUGUUGUGUGGUCACGCAGCACCGGUCACCAAUCUCGCCCUUUGCUGUCCCGUCGCAGCAGAGCAAAACGGUAUUGGUUCAAGUGGAAGUAGAUGUAGUGCGUUGAUAAGUGCGUGUUGCGAUGGGUUUUUGUGUGUGUGGAGUAAAAAUAGUGGUCAUUGUCGGUGUAGGAGAAAAUUGCCACCCUGGGUAGGCACUCCUCGUAUAAUUAAAACUUUGAAUUCGACGCCGAGAUAUGUGUGUAUAGCUUGUUCUUUUGUGGAUUAUUCUGUGGAAGGAAAUGAAGGUUUAAUUGAUAGAGAAACACAGCUUAGGAAACCCUCUAAAUGCACUAUUCUUAUUGUUGACACAUAUUCACUUUCCAUUACACAAACUGUGUUUCAUGGAAAUCUAUCCAUUGGUCCUGUCAGGUUUAUGGCACUAGUGUUAGGUGAUGAUGAGAAGAGGAAUUCUGUGUUUGUGGCUGAUUUAGCUGGGAAGCAACAGAUGGUCUCGAUGUCGGAGGAUCCUCGUGAUUAUGGGGAGGGUUUGACGAGUUCACAUGGAGAUAAAGCUCCGUUGGAAAGUUCUAUUUGCUCUGAGGGAUUGAGUGGUGUGGAGCAAGUUAUUUCAGUUUUGACCUAUGGGAGCCUUGUUGCUUUUAUAUUGAAAGAUCGCUGCAUAUUUAGGUUAUUCUCUAGUGAUGGCAAUAUUGGAGAGGUUUCUUUUAUGGAUAAUUUUUUCAGUUUGGAUCGGCAUUCUACUCCAACACAUGCUAUUGGUGGCAUUUUUCUUGAGAGUGAUGAUGUGGGCAAUAUGGGCAGUACCCAUGAAAACUUGAUUCCGGUAUACUUUGUUGUGUGGAAUAAUAUAGGUUAUGCAAUUAUAUAUAAAAUAUCGUAUCAGAAUGAUGUUUUUCAUUGUGAACCUCAUUCUGAGAUUCCUGCUACUCAUUAUCAACCUGAUAUGAGAUUAUCUAUCUUUUUCCUACAAGUAAAUCAAUAUCUUGUGUGCAUCAAGUCAGUGUGCUUUCAUUAUGAGGAACCUUUGCUAUGGAGACCACUUGUCACGAUUUGGUCACCGUAUCAUUUUGAUGAUAGACCUGGUAAAUUGUACCGUCAAUGCAGAAUGAUUAGUGAUGGUGCAUCUUUCACCAACUGGUUUGAGAAGUCUGCUCAGCUCAAGGGACUGGAUGAUCUUGAGACUAUGUCCACUUUUGGUGUGAGUCCAAGUUCUGAUGAUGUAGACAAUGCACAUGUGGAUAGCUUAAGCAAUUAUUAUACUUACAAGGGGAAGGUAGUGUCUUCUUCCAUGAUUAUCUCUGAGAACCUCUUUACUCCUUAUGCUGUUGUGUAUGGGUUUUUAAGUGGAGAAAUAGAGGUUGUAAGAUUUGAUCUGUUUCAAGGCAUUUGCUUGGAUGGUGUAAGUUCCAACCCUGACGAAAAGUCAACUUCCUGUAAACAGUACUUCUUAGGACAUACAGGUGCUGUACUUUGUCUGGCAGCACAUCAAAUGAUGGGUAGUGCCAAAAGCUCGACUUUUAAACGGGUUUUGCUGUCUGGAAGUACAGAUUGCACAGUUCGUGUAUGGAAUCUUGACAGUGGCAGUCUUAUUAUGGUAAUGCAUCAUCAUGUGGCUGCAGUGCGUCAAAUUAUUCUUCCCCCUUCUUUGACUGCACAUCCUUGGAGUGAUUGUUUUCUUUCAGUUGGAGAAGAUGCAUGUGUUGCUCUUGUUUCUCUUGAGACUCUGCGAGUGGAAAGAAUGUUUCCUGGACACAUGAACUAUCCUUCAAAAGUUUUAUGGGAUGGAGCACGGGGUUAUAUUUCCUGUCUAUGUCAAACACAUUAUGGAACUUCUGAUGCUGCUGAUGUAUUAUACAUUUGGGAUGUAAAGACAGGUUCACGUGAGCGAGUCUUACGCGGACCAGCUUCACAUUCAAUGUUUGAUCAUUUUUGUAAAAGUAUCAGCAUGAAUUCCAUAUCUGGUACUUUGCUGAAUGGAAAUACAUCAGUCUCUUCAUUACUUCUUCCAAUAGUUGAUGAUGCAAGGUUCUCUAACUCUCCCAUAAGUCUGUCAGAGAACUUGCUUACUUCAUCAAGGUCUUCCCCAAAUAUUUCAAAUAUGACUGAGCUGAAUUCUUCCAAAACAAAUGCAGGUAAAGUAAGUUCAGCAAAGCCAAAUUCAUCCCCUCUGAUUGGUGUCUUGAGUAACAAGCUUCCUAUCAAAUGCUCUUGCCCAUUCCCUGGGAUUGUUACUCUGAGUUUUGAUCUUGCCUCAUUGAUGUUCUCUUAUCAAAAGAACGAGUCCAUGGAAAAUGGUGGUGGCAAACCAAUGAAUAGCAAUUUGAAGCAGCAGGGAGUCCAGGAGCAAAAUCCUGGCUACCAUAAUCCGGAAACUUUAGAGGGGCACGACUGGGUUAGCCUAUUUGAAGAAUACUUAGUUCGAUAUAGCUUAUCAUUUCUACAUUUGUGGAGUGUAGACAGAGAGCUUGAUAAUUUGCUGAUAAGUGACAUGAAGCUGAGGAGACCAGAAAAUUUUAUAGUAGCUUGUGGUCUGCAGGGGGAUAAAGGAUCCUUGACAUUGACAUUUCCUGGUCAGAGUGCUAUUUUUGAGCUCUGGAAGUCAUCAUCUGAGUUUUGUGCAAUGAGGUCAUUGACGAUGGUGUCCCUUGCCCAGCGUUUAAUUAGCUUGUCUCACUCUAGUUCUGCAGCAAGCAGUGCUUUAGCAGCAUUUUAUACUCGAAAUUUUAUGGAAAAUUUUCCAGAUGUGAGGCCACCUUCAUUACAGCUCUUGGUGGCUUUUUGGCAAGAUGAAAGUGAACAUGUACGAAUGGCUGCACGCUCUAUAUUUCAUUGUGCUGCCUCUCAUGCUGUUCCUCUACCUCUAUGCAAUUCAAAACCUACUAAGUCAACUAGUAUGAGCUCCAAAACUGGAAGUAGAGACAAACAUCUAGGAAAUAUGACAGUAGAAAGCAUAUCUCCCAAGGCAGAAAAACGAGGAAUUUCCCAUGAUGAGCAAUCCAAGAUUCUUGCUUGGCUAGAAUCAUUUGAAGUGCAAGAUUGGAUUUCUUGUGUUGGUGGAACAAGUCAGGAUGCAAUGACAUCUCACAUUAUUGUUGCCGCUGCACUGGCUAUCUGGUACCCCAGUCUUGUAAAGCCAUGUCUUGCCAUGUUAGUUGUUCAUCCAUUAAUGAAGUUGGCUAUGGCUAUGAAUGAGAAGUACAGCUCCACUGCUGCUGAGCUCCUUGCAGAGGGCAUGGAGAGUACAUGGAAAGAAUGCAUUGUCUCUGAGAUUCCUCGUCUGAUUGGGGAUGUCUUUUUCCAAGUAGAGUUGAGUGGUCCAUCUUCCAAAUCAGUGCCAGAAAUUUCAGAUGCCUCUUUUUCUAUUAAAAAGACUUUGGUGGAGGUUCUUCUUCCAACUUUAGCUAUGGCUGAUAUACCUGGCUUUUUGUCUGUGAUAGAAAGCCAAAUUUGGUCUACUGCAUCUGAUUCACCUGUCCACAUGGUGUCCUUGUUGACUCUUAUAAGGAUUAUGCAUGGUUCUCCCAAGAAUUUGGCUCAAUACCUUGACAAGGUGGUGAACUUCAUUUUACAGACUAUAGAUCCUAGCAACUCAGUCAUGCGGAAGGCAUGCUUUCAGAGUUCAAUGACAACUUUCAAGGAAGUUGUGCGUGUAUAUCCUAUGGUUGCUGUCAAUGAUUCGUGGACCAGACUAGCAGUUGGAGAUGUGAUUGGAGAAAUUAAGACUGCAAGCAUUAGGGUUUAUGAUAUGCAAAGUGUGACAAUGAUAAAGGUUUUGGAUGCAAGUGGGCCUCCUGGACUUCCAACUCUGCUCACAGCAGCGACAGCAGGAACAUUGACUACUGCAAUUUCAGCACUGAGCUUUUCACCCGAUGGAGAGGGGCUGGUUGCUUUUUCUGAACAUGGGUUACUGAUUAGAUGGUGGUCACUGGGAUCUUUCUGGUGGGAGAAACUAAGCAGGAACUUUAUUCCUGUCCAGUGCACCAAAUUAAUCUUUGUUCCUCCUUGGGAAGGAUUUUCACCUAAUUCAUCCAGGUCAAGCAUAAUGGCCAAUAUUUUGGAAACUGACAGGCAGUUGAACUUUCAGGAUAAUGCGAGGGAUUCAAAUCAUGCUGACAGUUUGAAACAACUGCUUCAUAAUCUGGACCUCUCCUAUCGACUAGAAUGGGUUGAUGGCCGGAAAGUACUACUUACAAGGCAUGGUCAUGAAUUAGGCACUUUUCAGUUAUAAGCAUAAAAUAAUGCUGAUUCUUUGAAAUUCUUGCUGGAAAUUUUCAACGAUUUCAGAAUUUUAGUCGAGGCUUUAUCAUGAAAGGAUCCCUCAGCAUGUAUAGCAGCUCCAACUAGCAAGAGAAGAUAUUUUCUCAGUUCAUAGUAGCGUACAAUUUGAGGUGGUGUUCAUUGUAGCUCUUAUAGUACAAUUCGACACUUUUUGUGAGGAUUUAUUGAGAUCAGCUUGAUGGCACCAGGAGCCAAUUGAAUGGUCUUGCUGCAACUUGGGAUAGAUUUGGCAAUCUUUUGGGUAAAAUAUUGAGAAAAGGAAAUAGAGAGCCUUACACCAUAGAAACUGUUAACUUAUUUACAGUUAGGGACCAAAUAAUCACAAAAUUAUUCAAAAUGACUAUUUGGUCACUAGCUUUGAGUAAGUUAUGUAGUUGCUGAAGUCCCGGAAGACUUAUGGGGAAAAAUUAGUCUUCAUAGUUUAGUCAGUACUGAAGCUUGUGCAGUCUUUUUAUAUAUAUAGCAAGAGAAAAUUACUUUGAUCUCUCCCGAAUUUUACAGAAAUCAUAUCCUCCCCCCCCCCCAAAAAAAAAAUAAAAUUGUACAGGACUCCGGCUUCUCAUGUAGUUAAUUUGAGUAUUGUCUUUUUGUUCUGAUUAUUACACAUUGAGAUCAUGC